AACAAAGUCCAACAGUUGGGUAAGGCCUCUCCCCACUCCCCGACCUCGCCGCCCGUCCCGUGAGAGGAGAGCACAGAGCAGGAUGCCGGCCACGCCGACGAUCAUCGGCGCCCUGCUGGGGCUGGGCACCCAGAUGUACUCCAACGCCCUCCGCAAGCUCCCCUACAUGCGCCAUCCCUGGGAGCAUGUGUUGGGGAUGGGUCUGGGUGUAGUGUUCGUGAACCAGCUGGUAAAGUGGGAUGAGAAGCUCAAGGAAGACCUCGACAAGAUGCUUGAGCGUGCGAAACAAGCCAACGAGCGGCGCUACCUUGAUGAUGAUGAUUAGCUAUUCAAAUUUGUUUGCCAGCAACCUAUAUUUUUACAACCAUUUAUUGUUUGCCAGCAACCUAUUCAAACACAUGGUUAGGACUCAGGACCUCCGUCUUAGUUGCUGUAUCGACUUCCACAUUUCAACUGUGGUCUUGUAAUAAAAUGUUGUUUCACAAUGGAUCUGAUGGUUUGCUUCUGUAAGAUACCAACUAUGGCAUUUGGAUCUGAUGUCUUACCUUCUCUGAUGGAAAAUUAUUCAGUUCCAAUGAUUGUGCUUUUACAUUGUUAA